GGUGCUUGGCGGGAAAUCCCCUCAAAUCUCCCUCCAAUUCUUCGACUCCGUCCCCCACCUCCAGCCCACCGCCCCGCACCACCAAUUCCGCCACCAGCGAUGUACUCUUCGCUCCACGCCGCCGACUCCGACUCCGACGACUCCCUCCUCUCCGACGUAUCCGCCUCCCCGACUCGCCGGUGCUCGCCAGCACCUCGCCCUUCACCGCCCAAGCACCGUCCCACGCCAGAUCCCACAUCAAAACCCAAACGCAAGCCCAAACCAAAGCCCAAGCCCGUACCCUGCUCUACCCCCGCCCCCGCCUCCGCCUCCGCGCCUCCGAUCCGCGCCGCCGCCCUCUCCGACCCGCACGGCCUCGCCGCGCGCAUCGCCCCGGGGUCAGCGCUCACCGCCAGCGCCAGCACAGUCUCCUUCUCCUCCUUCCGCCGCCUUGUCCAGUCUCGCAACCUCUCAUUCGAACCAUCCGCCGCAUUCACGAACCCCGCCCCCGCGCCAGAGUUCGAGCCUGAGCCCGAGCCCGCGGGGGGAAACCCUAUUUCGAAGCCCGAGCCCGUGGAGAUACCAAGCGCCGAGCCCGCGGAGAUACCAAGCGCCGAGCCGUCCCCGCCCCCGCCCCCGGCAAUCACCCACCCGCCGCCGCAGCUCAGGCCUAAGCGGGUGCACCCCAACUCGGUGUCGGAGGCCCCUACGGCCGCGGCCGAACAACCGAAGCGGCCGAGAGGGGACCCCGCGGGCAACUUCGUUCGGCUCAACAUCAACGGGCACGGCCGGAAGAAGUCGUUCAAGUCGCAGGCCAGGCGCCCGACGAAAUACCGCUCCUGGAAGCGGCAGCAGCCCGGCGGUGGAAAGCCCCGGACAGGUGCCGAUGAGGAAGGGGAUUUCGUGGCGGAGGCGCUCCUCGAGCGGGAGAAGAAUGCGGCGGCAGGUGAUGAUGGUGUUUUCAAGACUGUCGAGGUAGCCAGAGAGGACCCGUCCGAGCAGAAUCUCGAGAUCUUGCUCAGGAAGGUGUUUGGUUAUGAUUCGUUCCGCCAGGGUCAGCUUGAGGCCAUCCAGAAUGUAGUUGCAGGGGAGUCGACGGUGCUUGUGCUGCCCACCGGCGCGGGCAAGUCACUGUGCUAUCAGUUGCCCGCUAUGAUUUUGCCUGGACUGACACUGGUGGUGAGCCCAUUGCUUUCAUUGAUGGUUGAUCAAUUGAGGAAGCUCCCCGCAUUUCUCCCAGGAGGCCUUCUUGCGAGUAGUCAGACGAGUGAUGAGUUUCAUGGAACAUUGCGGCUGUUGCGUGCAGGUGAAAUGAAGGUUCUUUUUGUUUCCCCUGAGAGAUUCUUGAAUGAAGAAUUUCUGAAGAUAUUCAGGGACACACUCCCAAUAUCUCUUGUUGUGAUUGAUGAAGCCCAUUGCAUUUCUGAAUGGUCUCAUAAUUUUAGACCUUCAUAUCUAAGGCUUCGAGCAUCACUACUUCGGAGAAAGCUUAAUAUUCAAUGUAUUCUUGCAAUGACUGCAACUGCAACAACUCAAACCUUGCAGGAGAUAGUUAAUGUCUUAGAAAUUCCAUCUGGUAAUCUCAUACAGACGUCUCAAAUAAGGGAAAAUCUAAAGCUGUCUAUCAGCUUGAGUGAUAACAGGCUGAAGGAUUUAUUGUUGCUAUUAAAGUCUCCCCCUUUUGUCAAUAUGAGAAGUAUUAUUGUCUAUUGCAAAUUUCAGACAGAAACAGAUUAUGUUUGUAAGCACUUGUGUGAUAACAACAUUAAUGCCAAGAGCUACCAUAGUGGACUUUUGAUGAAAAAGAGGAGCCGGGUACAGGAGCUGUUUUGCUCCAACAAAAUAAGAGUGGUUGUUGCAACUGUGGCGUUUGGCAUGGGUCUUGAUAAGAGUGAUGUCGAAGGGGUGAUCCACUAUAGGUUGCCAGAAAGUCUUGAAGAAUACAUACAGGAAACUGGCCGUGCUGGAAGGGAUGGGCGGUUAUCACACUGUCACCUUCUUUUUGAUUCAACGACAUUCUAUAAGAUUCGCAGUCUUUCUCACAGCGAUGGCAUUGAUGAAUAUGCAAUGAGCAAAUUUCUUAACCAGAUAUUCUCCUCUGGCAACACGAUAGGGUGUAUCUGCUCCUUCCCUAAAGAGUCUACUUCACGCAAGUUUGAUAUAAAAGAAGAGGUGCUUUUAACAGUCCUCACACAGCUGGAAAUUGGUGAGGAGAAGUAUCUCCAUUUACUUCCUCAGUUCAGUGUUACCUGCACACUGUAUUUUCACAAGACAUCACCGCAACUGCUUGCUGACAAGAAUAUACUACUUAGAUCAAUUCUAAAUAAGUCAGAAAUGAAGGAUGGCAGUUAUGUCUUUGAAAUACCAAGAGUUGCUAAUGAUAUGAGGAUCACAAUGAAUGAAGUGUUUGAUCGUUUGCAAAAGCUAAAGUUUUCAGGAGAACUAUCUUAUGAAUUGAAAGACCCAGCCUACUGUUAUAUGAUCUUAAAAAGGCCACAUGACUUGAACGCUCUUUCAGCAAAUCUCACAAAAUGGCUUUCUGAAGUAGAAAACUCAAAGAUCAGGAAACUAGACGCCAUGUUUGCUCUUGCGGACUAUGCUGUCAAAGGUUGUAAGAAGACAGAUGGCUGUUCUGGCUCCGAGCACACCCCAUGCAUCCAGAAGAGGAUUAUAAACUACUUCAGCAAGAAGGAAGGCACACCAGACGAUGAUUACUGUACUCCGCUCCGCAAGAGCAGCACGUUCUUGCAAUCCGACAUAAAGGUAUUCCUCCAGAGCAAUUCGUUUGCCAAAUUCACCCCGAGGGCCGUCGCGAGGAUUAUGCACGGCAUCUCCAGCCCGUCUUUCCCAGCUGCUACCUGGUCCAAAAACCACUUCUGGGGACGCUAUAUGGAGGUUGAUUUCCCAGUGGUCAUACAAGCUGCCAAAGCCGAGCUAGUUAAAUUCGUUGGAAAGGGUGAAUAGUGCUGCAAGAGCAAUCAGUCAGAACCCUUGUCUUGCGGUCUUGCCAGGCUACAAUGUACAGUACAUGCAUAAGAAUGAAGUUUGAAACCAGGAAUCGGAUAGAAAUUUAACCACAGAGAAGAGGCGGUUGAAAAAAAAAGUAUUGGUUGCAGAGCGGACACCAGCCACGUCGGCGUGAAGUAUCUAUGCAGCAAACCAUCGCGGGCCUUUCAGUCAAGCUGUCUAUGUAAUAUGGCGGGUCAGCCAGGAUCAAGAUGCUUAAGAAGAGACAUUUCCUGAUUAAAGAAACAAAGAGAAACCAGUGAUAUACUAGGUCGACAGAUGAGAGGGUUGCUGUGUUAUGCUUAAACGUUUUAGUAAUAAUCCAGUGUGAAACUAACUUGUGAACCUGUAAUACUGAUAUGUAUAUUCAUUACUUAGCAGCAUCAGCCGAAGCCGAGUA